AUGAGGUUCGACAUCUGUGGGAAUGCGAGGAAGGUUGGUGAUCGGAGACUGAGGGAGAGUGUCCACCGACGGGAAGACAUGAGGUCUGUCAAGGCUACGGUCCGGGCGGCGGCGGGGGGUGGCACAACCAGGGGCCUCCUCAGCAGCAAUGGGGACCUCCCCAGCAGCAAGGCUAUGGUUACAAUCAGGGACCACCACAGCAUCACUACCCUCCAGCAGGGCUACGGUUACCCUCCUCCGCAAAACCAAUACGCACCUCAGCAGCAAUAUCACCAAGGCGGCUACGCUCCUAGAGGGAAUGCUCCGCCGCCGCCACAAGGGGCACAGCAGUUCGGCCAUGGCGCGCCGCAGGGCUACACGUUCCAGUACAGUGCCUGUACCGGGCGGCGCAAGGCGUUGCUGAUCGGCAUCAACUACUUUGGCACCAACGCGGAGCUCAAGGGCUGCAUCAACGACACGAGGAACGUCUCGAGCUUCCUGAUGGACUUUUACCAUUACAAGCGCGAGGACAUGGUGAUCUUGACGGACGACCAGGCCAACCCAGUACUGCAGCCCACCAAGCAGAACAUCUUGCGAGCCAUGAACUGGCUGGUCAGCAAUGCGCAGCCCAACGAUUCGCUCUUUUUGCACUACUCUGGACACGGAGGACAGACGAAGGACCUGGACGGCGACGAAGGUGAUGGAUUUGACGAGGUCAUCUACCCAGUCGAUUUCAAACAACGAGGCCAUAUUGUCGAUGACGAGGUCCACGCAAUUGUCGUCAAGCCGCUCUCGCCCGGUGUCCGUCUCACGGCCAUCUUCGACUCGUGCCACUCGGGGUCCAUGAUGGACCUGCCGUACAUCUACUCCACCAAGGGCGUGCUGAAGGAGCCUAACCUGGCCAAGGAAGCCGGCCAGGGGCUGCUUUCCGCCGUCAUGUCCUACGCCCGCGGCGACAUCGGCGGCGUGGCGAGCUCCUUCAUGAGCUUCGCCAAGUCCGCCAUGACCGGCGACAAGGCGCACGAGAAGACGAUCCGGACCAAGACGAGCCCCGCGGACGUGAUCCUGUGGAGCGGGAGCAAGGACGACCAGACCAGCGCCGAUGCGACCAUUGCGUCGCAGGCCACUGGCGCCAUGUCCUGGGCGUUUAUCUCCGCGCUCAAGCAGAACCGCAACCAGACGUACCUCGAGCUGCUGAACAGCGUCCGUGAUGUCCUGGAGACCAAGUACACACAGAAGCCACAGCUCAGCUGCAGUCAUCCUCUAGAUGUCAACCUGCGAUUUAUCAUGUGA